GUGCUCUCCGGUUGUGUUUGCGCGGUGUCACGUGGGUAACGCGUCUUCCUCAUAGGUCUUCCUCCUCCGGACUGGUUCAAACCGACAGAAAGCUGUCCUGCAGGGAGACGCACAGUCUUAACCUGCACACAGUGAGUGUCCCACACACCCCCAGCUCCAGACGUUAACCCCGGUAUGUCCUCACUCUGUGUCCUGAGGACUCGUUGCUUCCUCCGGCAGGUCCUCCCCGGCCUGCCCGCCGCCAUGCACAGACACUACAGCCUGGACGUGUCCGCUCCGCUGCUGAGGACGCAGGGCUACGUGGACGGUCGCUGGGUGUCUGCAGCCUCGGUGUUCCCCGUGCUGGACCCGGCCACCGGGAAGGAGAUAGUCCGGGUGUCAGACUGUGGCCCGACUGAGGCCAAGCAGGCUGUGGACGCUGCAUAUAAGGCGUUUCAUUCCUGGAAGCAGUACAGUGCUAAGGAGAGGAGCGUCCUGUUGAGGAAGUGGUUCGACCUGCUGACGCUGCACAAAGAAGACCUCGCCAAACUGAUCACCUUCGAGAGUGGUAAGCCCAUGAAGGAGUCUCUCGGGGAGAUUGCGUACUCCGCCUCCUUCGUGGAGUGGUUCUCGGAGGAGGCGCGGCGAGUGUACGGUGACAUCGUUCCGUCGCCUGCCAGAGACCGAAAGAUCCUCCUCCUCAAGCAGCCGGUGGGCGUGGCCUCCAUCAUCACACCGUGGAACUUCCCCAGCGCGAUGAUCACCAGGAAGGUUGGAGCUGCUCUGGCUGCCGGCUGCACGGUGGUGGUGAAACCAGCCGAGGACACGCCGCUGUCAGCGCUCGCUCUGGCUGAGCUGGCGGAGCAGGCGGGGAUUCCUGCGGGAGUGUUCAACGUGGUUCCUUGCUCCAGAGAGAAGACGCCGUCAGUCGGGCAGGUUCUCUGCACCGACCCACUGGUGGCCAAAAUCUCCUUCACUGGAUCCACCGCCACAGGCAAGUUGCUGCUGAAAAUGGCCGCCGACACUGUAAAGAAGGCGUCCAUGGAGCUGGGAGGCCACGCCCCCUUCAUCGUGUUCGACAGUGCUGAUGUCGACAAAGCGGUGGCCGGGGCCAUGGCGUCCAAGUUCAGGAACUCUGGACAGACGUGCGUGUGUUCCAACCGCUUCCUGGUGCAGAGCGGCAUCCACGAUCGCUUCAUGGAGAAGCUGGGCAAAGCGAUGGACGCCGAGCUCCGCCUGGGUCACGGCUCGGAGCCCGACACCACCCAGGGGCCACUAAUCAACGCCAGAGCUGCAGAGAAGGUGGCCCAUCAGGUAUCAGAUGCAGUGUCCCGGGGAGCGAAGGUGUUGAAGGGCGGGAAGCGUCUGGAGGGGUCCUUCAUGGAGCCCACUCUGCUGGCCGACGUCACCACAGACAUGCUCUGCACCAGGGAGGAAACCUUCGGCCCGCUGCUGCCCGUCAUCAGGUUUAACACAGAGGAAGAGGCUCUGGCUAUCGCUAACGCGUCUAAUGUGGGGCUGGCAGGUUACAUCUUCUCGCAGGAUGUGAGUCAGAUCUGGCGGGUGACGGAGGAGUUGGAGGUGGGGCUAGUUGGAGUCAACGAGGGCCUCCUGUCCACCCCAGAGGCCACAUUCGGCGGGGUCAAACAAUCCGGUUUGGGCCGUGAAGGCUCUAAGUAUGGCAUCGACGAAUAUUUGGAGAUCAAGUACAUGUGCUUCGGAGGCCUGAAACCCUGAAACAGGACAGCGUGACGCCGCAGCUCCAGUGGUACCACACACUGAGUUACACAGUAAUCAUUGAAGGUGGUCAGAACUGUAGAUCUCAGGUUUGAAUUGAUUUAAGAUAACAGAAAAUAACCUUUUAAUCAGAGUCCAGGGGGUCAGGCGAAAGCGUCUCUCAACUGCCCUUAAAAUACCUUAAAUCUAACCUGACAGUUAGUAAACCAGUCUGUAACUUUUCACUCACCAUAAAAUGUUUUUUAUCGCCAUCUGAUGUUCAUCGUUAGCUGUCAGGAGGAGGAGCAGCGCUCUGAUCAGACGGGUCAGAAGAGUGAAACAGGGUCUUUAAUUUGCCUUUUCAUGAGAAACUGUUUAUAUGUAGAAUAAUAAAAAAAAUCAUGACGGCAAUAAUUAUCUCAUCUGUAUUUGACGGCAUCAGAUCAAAAUAAUUUUUAUGAAAAGCAGAACAUUUUUAUGCUGAUCAAGAUUCACUUUAUUUUCCCACAGUGUGGAAAAUUUGUCUCGGACCCUGCACCCAAACUGCAGCCAUAGAAGUACAACGUAGAAAAGUCAACAUUAUACCCAACGUAAUAAGAAGCACAGAAAGAUAAAUAGAUAACAUCAUAUGCUAGAAAUAUCAAAAAAUCUGUUCAGUGUGCAGCGAGACGCUCUAAAUCUCCUCCCAGAGUGCAGCAGCUCAGACUGUGUGUGCAGAACAUGAGAAGUGUCACUGACGAUCUUAUUGGUUCGACUUAAAGUAGCCACAUACUGUGCAUUGACUAUAUAACACCUGAUAAAUUACAGUGAACAAUUGUUGAUAUAAGACAUUCAUUUUUAAGGGUUGAAAAAAUAAUAAUUACAACCUGGAAGUUGACACAACUGUUAGUUACAAGUCAGAAACUCAUAAUUUCAAUAUCUCAGAUAUGACGUGAUUUCAUUAUUUUUUCCUCAAAUAAUAAAGUGAACAAAAGUGAAUUUUCUCCAGUAGCACAAAGAGUUUUUGUUUAAAACAGUGAAGAAGCUGCGACACGGCUCACUUGGUAGAAAAGAGAGAUACUGUGAAAAGAAAUAAUUAAAAUGCACAAAAGCUUUUGACAGAUUUUUGUAAAAUCGUUUUUUGUGUUGCGAAUCCUGACGUCCUGUUGUCGGCCUGUUAGUGUAAAAUCUGUAUUUUUGUAAUAUUAAAAAACUAAUAUAUGCUCACGUGUUUGAACACAAAGGGACACAUGUUCAAACUGGGUCUAACAUUAAUUAGAAGCAUCACAAUUUCUAAAUAAUUUAAAGCAUGUGACAUUUAUACAAAACGUAACAGCGUUUUCGUCUCGUUAAUGGAACGUUAGAACGUUUCUAAACUCUUUAAACAUGUUUUAAUAAUAUGUUAAAAUGUGUUCAUGAGUAAAUAAAUAAAUAUAAAUGUUGACUUCCUGGUCUGAUGUGACUGUUUGGACACCAGUUUUGAACCUGCGUGAGCAUGAACCUAAUGUGGAAUACAUAAAUGUCAGCAUAUUUCUGUGUGGAGGGGAGAAAGGAAUAAAUGUAAGUAGAAGAUAUAAUAAAUUAUUGUAGGAUAGUUUAAUAAUUAACUUUUCAUUGUGGGGAUUGAUGUUGUUGGGCAGGUUUUAUUUUAAACCUCUGACAGAAGUUAAACACAGGAAGCUUUUUUUGUUCUUGAGCCUUCAUUAACUGAUGGUUGCCAACGUCACAAGUGCCAUGUAACAGAUUAUUAACUCUUACAGUGUUGAACAACAGUGCAGUGCUGCUUUUGGGGAUUUUAGGUUUAUUACAGAUUAUUAGACACACCUCUGAAAAUAAUGCAGUCCAGUACAACACCAACACUGACUAUGACCUCGAUACUAAAACAUAUAAUUAGAUUUAAACCUCUAACUGUGUCGACAAAAACUGAACAUCACAGGCAUCAUGAGCAGUUGUAUUGGAUUGCAUUAGACUGUACGGGUGUACCUAAUUCAUUGGACACUGAGUGUGUGUGCUUAUGUCUUAUUGACUGUUGUCCACAUCUGAAAACUAGGGCCCAUGUUUCCUCCUGCAGAAUCCUGAAAAAAAAUCUUAAUUUCUCUCAUUUUGAGCUGAAGAUCUGAUGCUGUUUCUGUUCUUCGUUUUUUUUACAGCAGAUUUUCCUAAUUUAAAGUGAAAUUGGUCUUAUUUGUCAUAUAAUGCUGUAGUCAUAGCUAAUGUAAAAUAUAUAUGAAUUUUGUAUUUCUGACUGUAGAUAUUAAUGGAAAAAUUAAACAGAAAAUUGUAAUAUUA